AUGUUUAUAUUGGUUGGUGUUAUAUUCCCUGAUAGUUCUUCAACGAAAAAUCUUUUCUCUGGUUUGCCAGCCUUGGAGGAGUUGACCCUAAUUCAUUGCAAUUUGAAGAAUGUCAAGGCGUUUUUUAUUUCUUCUCCCUUGCUUCAAAAAAUUAAAAUAGUAGAUAAGGAAGAUGAGGAAGAUGAUGGUCUGAAUUUUUCAAACAAAGUAGUGAUCUUCGGAACAAAUUUGAUGUCAUUUAAUUAUUCUGGUGACUUCCCAAAUGAAUAUUCAUUAUGUGAUUCAGCCUCAGUGAUUAACGCAUCUAUUAUGGUUCAAGUACCUCCUUCUCCCAAUUGUUGGGAUGACGAUUGCAUGAUUUACAGUCGUCUGUUCCAUUUAGGCCAUUUCGUGUUCAAACUUCUCAGAGAACUCCCAAAUCUGGAGUGGCUUACCAUCUCUGACGACUUUGUUUUGGCUCUCAGCAGAACAAGAUUACUACUUAAAUAUCUACCUUUUUUUCCUAAUUUGGUUGAACUAAAUUUGGACUCAAUCGACGGGUCCAUAGAUUUGUCCUACUCAGGAUUAUCGGCCAUGUUCCAUAACUCGCCCAAUCUCGAGGUUAUUAGAUUUGUGAGAGGGGUGUUUCUACCUAAAGAUGAUGCAACCUGCAUAUUGGAUUGCAUACCUAUGUGCUUUAGUACUGACCUUAAGUUAAUUGAGAUCUGUGACUUUGAUGGGGAAGAAGAAGAGUUAUUUGCAAUAAAAGUUUUGUUGCAAGCAGCAUCAGCAUUGAGUAAACUUAUUAUCCGGAGUUAUUCCUUUCAGUAUAAAGGUGAACAUAUUGAUAGAGGAGAGAGGUUAGAUAAGUUGCACCAGCAGAUCUUAAGGUAUCCGAGGAGGUCAAUGGAUUGCGAGAUAGAUGUUGAGCAUAUUGUAAUCGAGUGAAGAUGGAAAGAAUGGAGCCAAGAUAGUGAUUUGUUUGAAUUGUUGAGAUAUCAAACUUUAUGGAUUAUGUUUUGAUACAGCUAUAGAAUUUGCCGAUUGCCUUUCUGUUGUAGUUUUAGAAUUUACUCAUUGCCUUUCUAAUUUGUGUUUGUGAACAUUGAAACGCAACCACGAAUUUUGUUUAGCUCUAACUUAUUCUAUUGACAGAUAUAAGGUUGGAAGAA